GCGCCCAAUGACCGAUAUUCACAACAAGGGGCAGACAACGCUCGUUUGCGCAAAGGAGCUGUUUAGGAAUGGGUUACCUUUUCCUAGGGCUGCUGUUGGCUGUACUCGGCAUUGGAAGAUGCGCUGACAUUGGCUACUUCUGGCACGUGACCGACUUCCACUAUGACCACACGUACGCGACCAGCAAGCUGUCCUGUAACGAGGAGGUGCCAGCCCUGCAGACGUUCGGCGACUACUGGUGUGAUGCCACCUGGGCCCUGGUCACUGACAGUGUUAAAAGCAUGGCUCGCAUCAAACGUGAUGUCGACUUUCUCAUUUGGACGGGAGACACUGUGGCCCACAUAGCUAACAAGGACAUGUCCAUUGAGCUGAACCUUCAGAUCAUCCAGAACAUCACCGACCUGCUCAACACCAGCUUUGUGGGAGCGCCCGUCUACGCAUCCCUGGGCAACCAUGACUUCUACCCCAACGGUCAAGCCAACUACACAGAGGAUGAGUUCUACAGGGGCAUUGAUGACAUGUGGAGGGACUGGAUCAUCAAGACUGUGGGCAACAAGAAAGAGAAUUAUUUUGUCAAGGAGGGCGGGUACUACUCUGUGAUUGUGAGACCUGGCCUAAGACUUCUGGCACUGAACACUAACAUGUACUACACCACUGACAAGCUGACCGCCAAAAUGACUGACCCCACUGACCAGUUCAAGUGGAUGAAGCAACAGCUGCAAAGUGCUAAAAAUAAAGGAGAGAAGGUGUUUGUGACUGGCCACGUCCCACCUGGCCUUCUAUUCCCAGGAUAUGCGGAUUGGUUUUAUCCACACUUUAAGAAAUCUUUUAUGGAUAUCAUCCACAACUAUUCUGAUAUUAUUGUGGCAACUCACUAUGGACACGACCAUAUGGAUAGCUUUAAAAUCUUACAAGAUGAGAAAGGUGAAAGGGCAGUAACCCAGUUUAAUGCCCCAUCAGUAACACCAUGGAGGUUUAAGAUACCAAUAAAGACAGGAGAUGCUCACAACCCUGGCAUUCGACUGGUCAAGUACAACAGGGUCACCGGUGUCAACCUGGACUACACUCAGUACUUCACCAACAUCACAGAUGCCAAUAAAGAAAACAAAGCUAACUGGACCGAGCUCUACAGCUUCACCACCGCCUAUGAUGUUCCAGACAUGAGCGUCCCAUCCUUGAGGAAAAUCUUUGAAAACUUGAAAGCUGACCACAAGAGCAAAUACUACCAGAGGUUCUGCAACUACUGGGUGGUCAGCCAGCUCGACAAGAAAUGCACAGAAGAAAUGAAGGCAGACAUUCUGUGUGGUGGCCUCAAUUACAAUUUAGCGCAAGCUAAGCUUUGCUCAGCUGAACGCAUCAACAGUUAUAAAAAUGAUCAAACAGGUUUAAAUGGCAGUUUUGUCACAGUCAUGAUUUACCUAGUGUGUUUAGUGGCUCUCUUGCUGAUUUAAACAUUUAUUAGCAGUUUGAAAUAGGAAAUACUGCCUAAUGCAUGUGUUCAUUUGAUUGACAUAAAAUGUCCGAACUUAUAUAGAUCUACAUUUUUACUUUAAUCUUUCAGAAUCCACUAGUGCAGAAGGGACAAUAAUUAAUUAAUCUAUUUAAUCUGAUUUGCAUAAUGCAUUUUUCUGUUAAUGGAUAUGAAGUGUUUGAAUGACUUCUUUUGAUAAACUGAUUCUAAGAAUAUUGGUUGUGCUGACUAAAUACAUGUUAAUGGAGCCAAUUAAUCUUUGCCUAUGAUCAUUAUAUUUAUAAUGUAGGUUUUAAAGCUUAAAUCUGAUGAUAUCAAAUAAUUUGUUGAAUAAAA